ACUGACAUAAUGAACUGUCACAAUAUUAUCAAAAAAUAGUGUCCGUGCAGUUCGUCUUUUCUUUUUUUAAAUUCUAAAUUUAAAUUUAUUUUUGUACAUUUGGAUCAUAAAAUGUGAAAUAAUGCACCGAAUUAUGAAAGUGAAUUGAAACAACCAACAUAAUCAUUCAAUGAAAGAUUUAAAUUUAACCACAAGCUCAAAUUAGCCAAUAUAACCUAUUUCAGUGUUAAAAAAUAGUUUUUUUUUCUCUUCUCUCUUUGGUUAACAUUUAUUUGUGUCACGCUAUUCAAAAUUAGAGGAUCGUAACAAUGCCUGGGAAAGUUAGAGUUAAAAUCAUUGCUGGCCGUAAUCUGCCAGUAAUGGAUCGUGGCAGUGAUACGACCGAUGCUUAUGUGGAAAUUAAAUUGGCCAACACAACAUACAAGACGGAUGUUUAUCGUAAAUCAUUGAAUCCGCAGUGGAACUCAGAUUUUUAUAGAUUCGAGCUUGACGAUGCUGAGUUACAAGACGAACCACUUCAAAUACGUCUGAUGGAUUACGAUACAUAUUCGGCAAACGACGCAAUCGGAAAAGUGAAUAUUUGCUUAAAUCCACUUCUUUUGCCGAGCUUUGACAUGACAGGACAGGUGAUACGAACAGGCAAAGGUGCCGUCAUGUCUGGUUGGAUACCCGUUUUCGAUACGUGCAAAGGCAUACGUGGAGAGGUGAAUUUGAUCGUCAAAGUGGAUCUGUUCUCGGAUGUGAAUAAAUUCCGGCAGAGUUCGUGCGGUGUGCAGUUUUUCCAUUCCAGCAUCAUACCGUACGGCUAUGUUGCGCAAGCGAUCCACGGUUUCGUUGAAGAGCUAGUGGUCAACGAUGAUCCGGAGUAUCAAUGGAUCGACAAAAUUCGGACACCUAGAGCAUCGAAUGAGGCGAGGCAGGUCGUGUUUCUAAAACUGUCGGCACAGGUUCAACGGAAAAUUGGACUGAAAGCAAUCGAUCUGGGUGCAAAUGCGGUUAUCGGCUAUGCGCAGUGUUUCGAUUUGGAAGGUGAUGUUGGGGUGGUAGCGAGAGGAACUGGAACUGCAGUGACAUUGGUUAAAAUCAACGAAUCAAUGCUACAACCGACUGCUGAUGCAGCUUUGUUGGAGGAGUCGAAUGUCGAUUGUGUGGGAAGUCCGAAAACGAUUGGACACAUUCGUGCCGAGUCGACGGGUGGUAAAAUGGCGCAUAGUCCAUCGAAGGGAAUGGUGUCCGGAUCGCAGUCGGCUUCAGUAGCUAGUACCAGUAAGGAACCAAUUUUUCGUCGUUCAUCCGAUUCGGAUUUGAGUGUUACGCCGAAAGUUCGAGGUCGUAAAAGAAAUUCACUUUCAACAACUACCGAGCGUCCAGAACGUGUUGAAACUAUCCUCAAAACGCCGUUUCAUCAUGACAAUUUGGAUAUGUUGGAAUAUCCGUUCUUGACAAUGUCCACAUAUCCGCAGGGAUUUAUUUUACACUUAGGUGCCACAGUGUGUUCGAGGUCAGUAAAACUAUUGGAACGUGUUCCCAAUCCAGACGAACCUGAAACGAGAGAUUCAUGGUGGAAGGAAUUGCGUAUGGAGGUUCGAUCACAUGCUAGAGCUUUAAAUUGCAACGUCAUUCUGGGAUACACUGAAGUUACAACUAUCUCCGACGAUGUUUGCGUGUUAUCAGCUUCGGGAACGGCAGCUGUAAUAAAUCCGAAAUACACAACCGAUAUAGCUACAUCGGGUCGUCUUCUUGUAGCAUCAGUUGGAUCAGCACCAAAAGAUAUUAAUCAAUCGGUAUCCGAUGUGGAAAAAGACUUUCGCAGAGUAGCCGUAACAAAAGAUAUUGCUCAAUCACUGCCUAUUAAUGACAAGGCAUUGUCUACACCGACGACAAUAACUGACGUAGAACAUGAGACUGAACUAGUGUCAUUGAAGAUAAAUAAAGAAACUGGAUGUACGUUGUGUCACAUACCCUACCGGAACUCAGCUACCUUCAACAUGCAAGCCAAAAAGUGUGCGUCAUGCAACAUUGGUGAUGUACCCGACGUCUUAAUGAUCACAAUCGAACUACCAGACAGUGUGCAAAUUACCGGUCGUGGCUGUUUCGUUCAAGCUCAAGUUUGCCGCACAAAAAAAGAUUUAAAAUCAGAAUCGAAUGCCAAAGAAAUAUCGGAUGCAAUACCAUUUUUAGAGUACGAGAUCCACAGACUGUUGGUGAAUAAAAUAAAGAGUAAGGGAAUGAAUGCUCUCUUCGGAAUGAAGGCGACAAUAGCAAUCGGGGAAAAAGUUAUUGCACUCAUCGCAACUGGCACUGCCGUAUACUUACCGUCCUUGCCUGCACCAUCACCUCCGAAAAUUAUAGCUGGCAAUUCUUGGUCGAACAGUGACAAAAUUCGGGAUUUACAGAAAUCGCUGAGAGACACAUUCGAUCGUAACCGUGAGAUCUAUCAACUUAAAUCGUCUGAGGAACUCGAACUCGGAAGCAGAAACGCAACAUCCGACGAAAUGUACCUCAAAGACAUCGAACCCAGUGAAAUUGACUUGACCAAUGGUAACAAAGAUGCGUGCGUACUGGAAGUGGACGACAUUGAAGAUUUGGAAAUCAUUGCUCUGCUAAUGGAACCAUCGCCACCGGACGGUUUUCAUAUCGUUAAUACGCAAACAGUUCCCGGUCUUCAUGAUUUAGAAGUUAUACGAAAUUUGCAAAUGUUCGUGCAAGUGUACCGCGCCAAACUGGGACUGAAUCAACAAGCUAGCAAUUUUCCGAAACAUUUCCAACGAUUGAUUCACACAAUUUACUUCAAAAUUCGGUCGAUGAUACCGUGUGCCAUUUGUGAUUUCCGGUUCCGAUUGGACUUUCCGGAGAGUGAAGAAAUUCAAAUUCUCGUUACUGGCAUGGCUCUGGGUUUGGGCGAACCGUCUCGUCUAACAAAAUAUAAACGAAAAGUUGCCGCACAUCCACAAACCAAAGAAUCGAAAAGAAUUGCCGACGAUGAAUUGAUUUUCAACAUUGAAGACGCAGAACAACCAGAACCGCUAACCCAAAGCCUUACCUUCCCAUCAUCGUCGAAGACUCUCACGCACACUGGUUCGUUGAAAUUGCAACGAUCGCCGAAUCGCAGCCGCUUUAAUUCUGUACGAGCCGCUAAACACGUUCCGUUGCGCGAACGUUUCGGCGUUGACUUGACGCCACUAUGCUAUGUGCCAGGCGGUAAAAUCGACAAAUAUUUAGGAAAUUUGGAUUUCUUUUUCAUUCGCGAAUCGACGUCGGUGAAGGAGAAUGGGGGAAUCAGUGGUUUCGUGCACAGUUUCAUAACUGAAGUCUUGGCGAUAGUCCGGGCGAAUAUAACCGCUUUGGGUGGCAAUGCAAUGGUUUCGUUUUACAUGACAGAAUUGAUUUUAGUGGACAAUCCGCACAAGAAUCAUGGACAGUGUUUGAUAAGUGUGGGAGGUGAUGUGGUCUUCGUUUCCUACUUUUCCGACGAAUGAUAUCGUCCUAUUGUUGCUCUCACUUCUGGAGCGACCUUGUAAAUUUUUCACACUUAUUUAAUUCACACAAACGAAAAUGCAGAACAUUGCAGAAGAAAGACGAAAGUAUUAUGGUUUUAGGUAAAAAAAAUGUUGAAAAUUAUGUUGACAAUUUAUUAUAUUAACUGAAUAUUCAUCACAA